AUGACCAAAGCGCUCCAAUUGACCUCGGCCGGAUGGCUUCUCAUUUCGUUGGGACACACGGCGUCCGCCAAAGACUGGCAGGAAAACGCAAAAUUCCAGACCCUCCCGCGCAUCGCGUAUGCCUGCGCGAAAGCAGGCUGGUACCAGGGAAGCGGCUUCUUCAUCAUGAACGCUCUCAUCAACUAUGCCUGGUCCAGGAACCCGGGGCUCCUGCGGGACCCCGUCCACAAGGCCAUCGCCGGGGUCAUGAUGGCCAUCAUGUGGGUGAGUGGUUGGUGGUAUAUCAAGAAUGGCGUUGCGGGCAAUGCCGUUGCUGUUGGGGUCAUCGGUGCCCUGCAGGGAUAUUCCGCCUUUUCCGUAUGA